AUGUACAAAUCCAACAGUUUAAAUAAUAGACAACUAGAGCGAUAUCAAAGAUACCGAUUACGAGAAAAGAAACAAGAAUCGUUUUUUGGAAAUAAUAUUGUUACUGAACAAAUAGAAAAUGAUGAAAAUGAAGAGUGCUCUGUAUUUUUUGAAAAUGAAAAGUUUUCUGAAAAUAAUACUGAAGAACAAUCUGUAUUGUUUAAAAGUGUAGGUAUCCAAUGUGAUUUGAGCAUAGAAGAAUUAUUGAAAGAAGAAAAUCAAAGAUUAGACAUGGAAUUACGCGAUAAAAACAUGGAAAUUUAUCUUUUGCGACAAGAAAAUGAAAAACUUAAAAAAAGGGAUUCAUCUUUCAGUAUUGAAAACUUUAAAGAAAACAAUGCUCAUUUUAAUUUUUUUACAGGGCUACCAAAUAUGGCAACAUUUCUUUGGAUUCUUUCUUUAUUGACAAGGACAUAUGAUAUAAAACUUUGUUUAUCUCGUUUAUCAAAAGAAAACCAUUUGUUAAUAAUACUUAUGAAAAUGCGACUUGUGCUCCUAAAUAAAGAUAAUGCUUUUUGUUUUAGUGUCUGUGAAAGUGUAAUAUCCAGAGCUUUGCGAAAUCGGCUGCCAAACCUAGCAACUUGCUUACAACCGUUAAUAAAAUGGCCUAAUAAAUGUGUAAUAAGAAGUAACCUGCCAGAGUGUUUUAAAAAGAAAUUUAGAGACUGUGUGUGUAUAAUUGACUGCUAUGAGAUUUUUAUUAAGAGACCAUCAAAUCUAACAACUCGAGCUCAAUCAUGGUCAAAUUACAAACACAACAAUACUAUUAAAUAUUUAAUAGGAAUCAGUCCAACAGGUGCAAUUACUUUCUUGUCUGGUGGUUGGGGAGGCAGGGUUUCAGACAAAAAGCUAACAAAUCAAUCGGGCUUUCUCAAAUGUAUAAAUUUUGGAGAUUGCAUUUUAGCAGAUAGGGGAUUCCUAAUUAAAGAUGAGCUUGCAGAGAAAGGAGCAAACCUUUACAUUCCAGCAUUUUUAAAAGGAAAACAACAGUUAAGUCCGCAAGAAGUUGGAACUUCAAGACAACUGUCAAAUGUAAGAAUACAUGUUGAACGCAUUAUUGGCAGAGUAAAACAAUUUAGAAUUUUCCAAACCACUGUUCCAAUUAAUCUUUUAGAUGAUAUAAUGGUCGUGAUAUCAGCCCUUGUUAAUUUAAAGAAAAGUAUUAUCAAGUAA